GUUGCCUUUGGUGACAUACGGCCAGCACAUCCACCAUUGUCCAAAUGACUGCCACUGGAAUGGUCAUUGCGACCUUCGCAGAGGUCACUGUACCUGUUAUGACGGUUUCUAUAACAACGACUGCACGGGGGACUGUGGAUGUCAAGGUCACGGAGUGUGCAAACCAGAUCACACUUGUCAUUGUGAUGAGGGGUGGAAAUGGUCGGAUCACGACAAAAAGUGUGUCUGGGACUGCCACUGUUCUAACGGUCAGUCUUGCAUAGCGCCGGGAGUCUGUGGAUGCAGUCAUGCGUGUCAGCACGGUACUUGCUGGAAUUCUCAAUGUGAAUGCUGGGAAGGAUAUAAGGGGGAAACUUGUGAUACACUGGAUGUACAUAUCAUGGCUAAUAGGAAUUCCUCGGUCGGAGUAAAUCUCGGGGGACUAACGUACUACUCGUCUGAGAUCAAAUUUGUCGAUGUGGCCAAAGAGUCAUCUAAGUGGAUAACUCAACGGUGGGGGAACCAUACUUGGGACAGCCAUGAACUAGCGACAGUUAAUAUGAGGCACGAUGGAUAUCCUGCAAGUUUACCAGGUGAUUUGGCCCUUGAGAAGUUGGUUCUUCGUGCUUUGUCACACCCACCUGCCGGAGUUUACACGAUUCUUUAUGAUGGUGAAGGAGACAUUGAAAUCAAUCUUCUACAUUAUCAAAAAGUAUACAAUGGAAAAGGACGAAUGCUGAUCAACGUUACCAUUGGUCAAUCUGGUAUCGGUAUUAGACUUCUGCGAACCAAUCCGGCAAACCCCCUCCACAAUCUACGUGUCAUUCUCCCAGGGUUCGAAGGAAGACAUGAACAUUUUCCAUAUUAUCCGUUAUUUCUCGAGAGUUUGGUCAGAUAUUCUGAGUUCAGAUACAUGGAUUUCCUUCACACAAAUGGACACACGCCUGAACCUACAACAUGGGAUAAACGAAAACUCACAACGUUUCACACCCAAGGAGGCACAGAGGGCGGUGCUCUGGAAUACGCCAUCUUAUUGUCUAACAUGCUGGGCGCCAGUCCGUGGUUUAACAUGCCUCAUGCAGCAGACGAUAACUUUGUCAGGCAAUUUGCCAAAAAAGUUAAACAAACCCUACGACCAGAUUUAAGGGUAUAUGUGGAGUAUUCCAAUGAAGUGUGGAAUGGUAUAUUUCGUCAGAACCGCUAUGCUUCAGAGAUGGGCCACAGUCUGGGGUUAGAUUCUGGUUGGAAGGCUGCUUUCAAAUAUUACAACAAACGCUCACAUGAAAUGGCACAAAUAUGGAGAGAGAUUUAUGGUGUGUCUGAUAAACUAGUCCUUACAUGGGCGUGGCAGACAGGAUAUCAAGAUUAUACCCGGCAGGCUAUAGAGGAUCUGGGAACAAGGCUCAACGACUUUACAGCUCUGGCUAUAACGGGAUACUUUACUUGUGACUUAACCUCCAAACACAUUUCCUCAAUACCAACUAUGACUUACAACGAAGUUUCGUCUCUAUGUACUAACUACAUUCAAAACAAGACCAGAUCAUCCUUCUCUUAUUUCGUGGGUCUUGCAAAGGCUCAUAAUGUACAUUUAUUGAUGUACGAAGGAGGACAACACAUUGUAGAGCACGCGCCUCAACACGAACAAAUAACCAACAAACUCAUGGACAUCAAUAGAAAUGACGUCAUGGAAACUUUGGAUCUCAAUCUUUUAAAUGUUUGGAACGACGUCGUUAUGAAGCAUAGCACUUCAGUAGGUGGUUUAUUUAACUACUUUUCAUCAUGUGGCCAAUACUCCAAAUACGGAAGUUGGGGAAUGUUAGAAUACACAGGACAAUCCUAUUCCUCUGCUCCUAAAUACAGGGCUGUCCAAAAGUUCAUUUCAUCACAGAGCCAGAAUACUGAAGUGGCACCCAGGUGUAGUUUUGUGGAUAUAGGAACUGUUAGUUACGGGUGUUUUCUGGUUGGUGGUAGGCCAUACUGUGGUUCUACGGUAGACAGGGGACAAAAAUGGUCU